AUGUCGGAGACGAAACGGACCAUCAGGAUCACCACUCACCAGAGCAUCAUGAAGGAUGUGCCGCCGGUGGAAGAAUACCCGAUGAGACAGUGGUCGAUUGAGAUCACCAUGUUGAACGAGCACGGAGAAGAAAUCACGGCGCUGAUUCUAGAUAAGGUCACCUACACGUUGCACCCUACAUUUGCCAACCCGGUGAGAACGCUCAAGCUGCCUCCAUUCAGAGUCGAGGAGCAAGGCUGGGGUGAAUUUGACAUCCCCAUAGCAGUGCACUUGGUGGGCCUUCCUGGGAAACAGGGAGAGAGAAAAUUCAACCAUGACUUGAACUUUUUGCAGGAGACGUACACUGUGGAUCAUCAGAUAUCCAUCCCGUUGAAGAGUGCUCAGUUGAACAAGCUUUUGGCCGAGCUGGGUCCGGUGCCUGUGGACGACAGCAAGAGGAAAAACGACAGCGACUUGGCCUCGAAGCUGAAGAAGUUGAAGGGCGCCUCCAACGGCGCUGCCACUAAAGGGUCGGUGGAUUUAGAGAAAUUGGCCAACGGCCUCACCAAGCUAAGUGAGGACGACUUGAUUGUCAUUGUGCAGAUGGUCACAGACAACAGAACUAACGAAAUGAACAUCAAGAACGACGUGGACAACGGCGAGUUUACAAUGGACUUGUACACUUUGCCUGAGUCCUUGUUGAAGAGUUUGUGGGACUACGUCAAGAAGCACACGGGGGAGGCUUAA